AUGCUUACAGUAAGAGAACAUUCAGUAGGAGAACAUUCAGCAGGAGAACAUUCUGUAGGAGAACAUUCAGUAGGAGAACAUUCAGUAGGAGAACGUACAGUAGGAGAACAUUCAGCAGGAGAACAUUCAGUAGGAGAACAUUCAGUAGGAGAACAUUCAGUAGGAGAACAUUCAGUAGGAGAACGUACAGUAGGAGAACAUUCAAUAGGAGAACAUUCAGUAGGAGAACGUACAGUAGGAGCACAUUCAGUAGGAGAACAUACAGUAGGAGAACGUACAGUAGGAGAACAUUCAGUAGGAGAACGUACAGUAGGAGAACAUUCAGUAGGAGAACAUUCAGUAGGAGAACGUACAGUAGGAGAACAUUCAGUAGGAGAACAUACAGUAGGAGAACAUUCAGUAGGAGAACGUACAGUAGGAGAACAUUCAGUAGGAGAACAUUCAGUAGGAGCACAUUCAGUAGGAGAACGUACAGUAGGAGAACAUUCAGUAGGAGAACAUUCAGUAGGAGAACAUUCAGUAGGAGAACGUACAGUAGGAGAACAUUCAGUAGGAGAACAUUCAGUAGGAGAACGUACAGUAGGAGAACAUUCAGCAGGAGAACAUUCAGUAGGAGAACAUUCAGUAGGAGAACAUUCAGUAGGAGAACAUACAGUAGGAGAACGUACAGUAGGAGCACAUUCAGUAGGAGAACAUACAGUAGGAGAACAUUCAGUAAGAGAACAUUCAGUAGGAGAACAUUCAGUAGGAGAACAUUCAGCAGGAGAACAUUCAGUAGGAGAACGUACAGCAGGAGAACAUUCAGUAGGAGAACAUUCAGUAGGAGAACAUUCAGUAGGAGAACGUACAGUAGGAGAACGUACAGUAGGAGAACAUACAGUAGGAGAACGUACAGUAGGAGAACAUUCAGUAGGAGAACAUUCAGUAGGAGCACAUUCAGUAGGAGAACAUUCAGUAGGAGAACAUUCAGUAGGAGAACGUACAGUAGGAGAACAUUCAGCAGGAGAACAUUCAGUAGGAGAACAUUCAGUAGGAGAACAUUCAGUAGGAGAACAUUCAGUAGGAGAACAUUCAGUAGGAGAACGUACAGUAGGAGAACAUUCAGUAGGAGAACAUUCAGUAGGAGAACAUUCAGUAGGAGAACAUACAGUAGGAGAACGUACAGUAGGAGAACAUUCAGUAGGAGAACGUACAGUAGGAGAACAUUCAGUAGGAGAACAUUCAGUAGGAGAACAUUCAGUAGGAGAACAUUCAGUAGGAGAACAUUCAAUAGGAGAACAUUCAGUAGGAGAACGUACAGUAGGAGAACAUUCAGUAGGAGAACGUACAGUAGGAGAACAUUCAGUAGGAGAACAUUCAGUAGGAGAACAUUCAGUAGGAGAACGUACAGUAGGAGAACAUUCAGUAGGAGAACAUUCAGUAGGAGAACGUACAGUAGGAGAACAUUCAGUAGGAGAACAUACAGUAGAUGAUCAAUGUUUGAAAACUGCAAUAGUAAAAAAAAAGUUAUUAAUUAUUAGUAAGUUAUUAGUUAUUAAUGUUAUCAGAACGUUCAGUCCAUAUUCAGCAUGUUCUCAAACACAACAGCAUGGCGACGUUCUCAAACCCUCGGCUGUAAUUAAGGUUAGCUCCUGAAGGUUACAGAACGCUGCUCAGUUACACGUCUUCCUAUAAACUGCUUUUGUUACUUAGGAAUGUGACGUCUAUAGACAAGGUUCUGAAGAAACUGGUUCUUUAAGGGUUCUUUGGAUAGUCUAGGUUUGGACCAACAUGAAGUGGAGUCACUGUUAAUGCUCCAUUAUUGUUUCACAUCGUGCACAUUGCAGGAAAUUCCCAGUGUGAGGAACGUGUCGAGGCCGAGCCGCUCCGCGUCGCCGUCUAUUCAACUUCUGUACAGCUUCUGUUCAUCUGAACAAACUAGUAGGGCUACACUUGUCAUCAACACAUGUAGUCACAUCCACUUUACAUCAGCACUGCGGUAUGAAAUACUCACAUCUAAUAAUAACAAUAUUAACAAUGCAGUCCAGUGGGAUGUGUGAAGCGUGUUUAGUGACAUGAGACAGGAAUACAGAUGUAGGUUAAGAGUUCCAGUUUAGCUCAAAACUAUUCACACUCCAACUCUAAAGAUUUCAAAUGUGAGUGCGAUGUGUUAGGAACCCAGAUGCCAGUUUUCCCUCUCUGAUUAUUUAAAGCUUAGUUUAGCUUGGUUAGCAUGUGCGCCUCACACCUCCAGGGUCGGGGUUCGAUUCCCGCCUCCACCUUGUGUGUGUGGAGUUUGCAUG